GCCGACCAGCAAAAAGCCGGCGCGGAUAUUGGAAAGAUUGUGAACAUGAUGAGUACGGAUGCUGGUCGGAUUUCCAACACCGCUUCUGCUUUGACUAUGCUUUAUGGUGCACCGCUCGAACUGAUUAUUGGAGCUAUUUUCCUCUACCAGCUACUUGGGAUAUCUGGUUUUGCCGGGUUCACGGUCUUGAUUUUGGGCUCGCCGUUGAAUGGUUAUCUGAUGACCAGGGGAAGAGAUAUCAACAAGGCUACAAUGGAGGCCCGCGAUAAACGAAUGAAAGUCUUGACCGAGCUCAUUUCCGAAGCCAAAUUCAUCAAGUUUGGUGCUAGUGAAGAUAAAUGGGUUCAAAAAUGUAUGGAUGCCCGGGCUAAAGAACUUAAACUCUUGAUCAAACGUAUGCACCUGGUUUCGAUUGAACACCUAAUGCUAGUCUCUGUGAUUUCCUUCAUGGCCUUCGUGUACAUGGGUAAUCAAUUGACCGUAUCUGUGGCGUUCACCGCUAUUCAGAUCUUUUCCAUGAUAAAGAGCCCAAUGAACAUUAUCUCUGCUUUCAUUGCCCUUCUCUUGGGCACUCAAGUUGCAUUGGAUCGCAUCAAUAGCUAUUUGGAUGAAGAAGAAGUUCCUACAUUUGUCUCCAGUCUCUUAAAGGAGGAAGAAGCGAGGGAAAACAAUCCGGACAGGUCAACUGUCCCUACCACUGCACCUACAGAGCUCGAUACUCGUCUCGGGAUUCGAAAUGGGCACUUUAGGUGGAACCAGCCAGAGGAGGCUCCCGAAGAAAAGCCAAAGAAAGGUGGAAGUCGCUGGAAGUUCUGGCAGUGGAGAAUGAAGUCCAAGAAUAACGACAAGCUUCCGACACAUAAUGCUCCUGGCAAUACAAAUG